GGCGGCGGGAGGCGGGCGGGAGGGAGCCGCCGCGCUCGCACCAGCUGUUUCCCGCCUUGAGCCGCAGGCAGAGGCCGCCGGAGCCGGAGCCGGAGCCGGAGGAGCCGGGCCCGGCCGCCCUUCCCUCUCCUCCCGGCAUGGAGUACUUCAUGGUGCCGGCCCAGAAGGUGCCCUCGCUGCAGCACUUCAGGAAAUCCGAGAAGGAGGUCAUCGGCGGGCUCUGCAGCUUGGCUAACAUCCCACUGACGCCGGAGACCCAGCGGGACCAGGAGCGGCGGAUACGCAGGGAAAUCGCCAACAGCAACGAGAGACGGCGGAUGCAGAGCAUCAAUGCUGGCUUCCAGUCUCUGAAAACCCUCAUCCCACACACAGAUGGGGAGAAGCUCAGCAAGGCAGCCAUCCUCCAGCAGACAGCCGAGUACAUCUUCUCCCUGGAGCAGGAGAAGACUCGGCUACUGCAGCAGAACACCCAGCUCAAGAGGUUCAUCCAGGAGUUCAGUGGCUCCUCCCCAAAACGGCGACGGGCAGAGGACAAAGAUGAGGGGAUCGGCUCGCCGGACAUCUGGGAGGAUGAGAAGGCCGAGGAUCUGCGGCGGGAGAUGAUCGAGCUCCGGCAGCAGCUGGACAAGGAGCGCUCAGUCCGCAUGAUGCUGGAGGAGCAGGUUCGCUCCCUGGAGGCCCACAUGUACCCUGAGAAGCUGAAGGUGAUUGCUCAGCAAGUGCAGCUCCAGCAGCAGCAAGAACAGGUGAGGUUGCUGCACCAGGAGAAGCUAGAGCGUGAGCAGCAGAUCCGAACCCAGGUGACGAAUGGGUGUCUGUCCUGUCUGUGGGUGAUGCCAGCAGUCACAACACACCACUGCCAGCAGUUGAUGCAGGUCAUGUUCCUCGUGCUGGAGUGGGUGGUUUGCAGGGGCGUGGAGGCCAACCCCAUCUCUGGGGGUUCACCUCUCACCGGGUGACUCCUGCUGAGUCUUGGGUAACCCCAAACUGUUCUUGCCACCCACCAGGCUGGGAAAGGGAAGUAGGGAAGCUGGCACGCGGUGGUGCCAGGCAGACUUGGCAGGCCUGCAGGAAUGGGAGCCUUCAGACUUUUCCCCUGGCACAUUUGGAUUUGCCAACAGUGGGGGGAGCCUUACACCAGCGAGGAGGUGAGCACAGUGCUGGCACCCAGUCCUUGCUUGCUGCUGCCCUCGAGCUCAGCCCAGGGGGACACCGGCCUGGGGAGCUUCAAAGAGAGGGAGAAAAACAAGCUUCCUCCCUCCUUUGGCUUCUGCAGAGCUGCAUCCCCACAAGAUCCCUGCCGGCCGCCUCCUGGGGAAGUUCAGACUAUUUUUAGGUGAAUUCUCCUUAUCCUCCUGCUAGGGAAGAUCUUCCCAUCUGUAUUUUUAACAGGGGUCUCUGAGGGGUGCAGCAAGUUCCCAACUGUGCAGGUUGGGGUGAUGAGAGGGCUGGCACUUGCCUCUCCUGGCUUAAAAGCCCAAACCUUUCCUCCUUCGGGAAUCCUUCAUAUUCACCUGUGCCAAAGCUAAGGUGACGGCAGCUUUCAGCUGGCAUCCUCUCCUGUCCAUCCGGGACGGGUGAACUGGAACUGCUGAGCUGCUGCUUCAGCUUUUCUGGACUCUCAAAGGAGUUUGGGCUCUGCAAACAAGCAUGAUGCUCUCCCCAUUGCUGCCGUGCCCAGGUCCCUGCUGACCAGGGGGGUUUUUGCUUCUA